AUGAUCCUCGAUGACAAGAAAUUAGAAAAUGGCUACCACGGCUUAGGGAUCUCGCAGGGAGGGCAGUUUUUGAGAGCAGUAGCACAAAGAUGUCCUCACCCUCCUAUGUUUAACCUAAUAACCAUAGGAUCACAACACCAAGGAUAUUAUGGUGUAGGGCAAAUCAAGAAUCAUGAUAUGGCGUUAUACCUUGCAAAACACAUCUCAUACUUGGUUAUCAUUCGGAGCAACACUGUAGUUGCGCAAAACUGGCACGACCCGAUUAACUACGAGACUUACGCCAAGAAGAACACGUUUAUCGCAGACAUUAACAAUGAAAAGAAGAAAAAGAAGGAGGAGUACAAGACGCAUCUACUGCGGCUUAAAAACUUGGUGCUUUUCAAGUUUACACGUGAUGAAAGAGUGGUUCCACCAGACUCUUCUUGGUUUGGAUUUUACACUAAUGGGCAAGAUAAGGAGAUAACAUAA